UCCGUUGGGUCACAUCUCUCCCGUCUGAUCCCGGUGAUCGUGUCAUAGUCGCGAUAUUUCCCACACGCAUUUGAACGCAGCAGCACACAUCCUGCGAGCGCGCGCCGCAGCCGUUAGUAUUCCAGCAUGUAAAGAUGGCGGAGCUACAAAUGCUGCUGGAGGAGGAGAUCCCGGCGGGACGGAGAGCUUUACUGGACAGUUUCACCAACCUGGAGAGAGUCGCGGAGUACUGCGAGACCAACUAUGUCCAGGCAGCCGACAAGCACCAAGCUCUGGAGGAGACGAAGAGUUACACCACCCAGUCUCUGGCCAGCGUCGCCUACCUCAUCAACACGCUGGCCAACAAUGUGCUGCAGAUGUUGGACAUUCAGGCCUCACAGCUACGCCGCAUGGAGAGCUCCGUCAACCACAUCUCUCAGACUGUGGACAUUCACAAGGAGAAGGUGGCGAGGAGAGAGAUCGGCAUCCUGACGACCAAUAAGAACACCACACGCUCACAUAAAAUCGUUGCUCCAGCCAAUCCUGAGAGACCGGUGAGAUACAUCAGAAAGCCCAUCGACUACAGCGUGCUGGAUGACAUUGGACAUGGAGUCAAGUGGUUGUUGAGGUUCAAGGUGAACGGUCAGCAGAACAUGAAACUAGGAGGAGGUUUGUCCCGGUCCAACCCCCCCACACAGAAACCACCGAGCCCCCCAAGGGCGGGAAAAGGCAUCUUAGGGAAGAACUCCCCCUACAGGACACUGGAGCCGGUGCGCCCCCCAGUGGUACCAAACGAUUACGUGUCCAGCCCCACCAGAAACAAUAUGGCCACAGGACAGCUUCCCAGUCCGGCCCGCACCGCUACCCUGAACCAUCGCCCCCGAACAUACAGUGGCAGUAGUGGAGGCAGUCACCCCAGCAGCAGUAGUCGCAGCAGCAGCAGGGAGAACAGUGGCAGCAACAGUGUGGGUGUUCCCAUCGCCGUGCCAACACCCUCGCCACCCUCCACCUUCCCAGUCUCUCCAACGGCUGGGUCCUCCUCCACUGCUCCUAACUCCUCCCCUUCUCCCUCUCCCACUCCCUCCUCCUUCUCCUCGUCCUCCUCCACCACUACUUUAACACAACCAAACGCACCCUUUCAGCCUCACUCCCCCUCCAAACCUGCUGACUCAUCUCUGCAAUCAAACGUACCCACCACCACACCCACAACCUCUAACCCCGCCCCCAGCUCCGCUGACAUCCAGUCAGGUGUUUCGCUUGGUGAAGCUUCUCCUUCCCUUUCUUUUGCACCUCCUCCCCCACUCUCCUCCUCCUCCUCUUCCUCAUCACCUGCUGAAGGUCCCAUCGUCCCUCAGUUCUACAGUAUGAACCGUCCUCAGCCUCGACAGCAGACUCCCCAGGUUGGGGGAUCCUUGCCCUACCGCCGCCCCCCCUCUGUGACUGGUCAGCCAAUCAUCACACAGAACAACCAGGUCAAUGGAGGUCCCUACUUCAAUCAGAGCCCAGCCUCCCCCCCUCCUCCCUCCCUCCUCCAGUUCAGUCCUCAGCUUCCUCUGAUGGGCUUCGUCGCUCGUGUUCAGGAGUCCAUCUCAGAUGUCCCUCCUCCUCUUCAACCACCUGCUGAGAACCAAUCAGGGCCCGAGGAGCAUGUGUCAUCCCCUCAGCCCGUGGAGGAUGGACAUGAGGAGGAGGACUCAGCGGUGGUGGAGUACAAUGACCCAUACGCUGAAGAAGACCCCCCGUGGGCCCCCAGGAACUACCUGGAGAAAGUGGUGGCCAUCUACGACUACACUGCAGACAAAGAGGACGAGCUGUCGUUCCAGGAGGGAGCCAUCAUCUAUGUAAUCAAGAAGAACGAGGACGGCUGGUACGAGGGAGUGAUGAGCGCCACCACCGGACUGUUCCCCGGGAACUACGUUGAGUCCAUCAUGCACUACGCCGACUGACACCGGGACAGAGUCUGGACCAGGAGGGAACAGACGACUGGGUCCACGUCUGUUUAAGAUUCAUACUAACCAAUCACAGGCCAGGAGAGUGCCUGAGAACAGAAGUCACUAAUGUUGUAUUGUGUAGUUUGUUGGACAGAUCUGUGAGUGAGUGUGAGCAUCACUUCUUGUUUAUUUUACCCAUAAUGCCUUGCAUUUAGACGCAGUAAGUUGUGUAUUUGUUGGACUGAGAGGAGGUUCAGACGUCGUCAUGACGUUACAGACAGGACACAUUUUAAAUUCAGUUUUUCUUCAGAUUUCUCUUCAGUCACCUAAACGUCAGCACUUUUCAUCCUCACAUCAGGUUCCUCUGAAGAAAACACAAUCACUUGUACACUAAAGUGUGUUCUCUCUGUGCCUCUCAUGGUUGGAUUUCCCUUCAUUUGUUCGUUGAGAUAGUCUUCAGUGUCAUCAUGUGUGAGUCCAGAGGAAACAGUCGUGACUGUUUCAAGAAUCAAGACAAGAAUCAAAAUGAGCUCACUUUCACAUUCUUCUUUAUAAAGAUGGAUUCAUCAGUUUUAUUAAUGUCCCACCUUUAAUGUGAGCAUCAUAAUUCACCAGUCACCUACACAAGUAGGGUUGUGUGUAUGUGUGUGUGUGUGUGUGUGUGUGCGUGUGUGAUGAUGAUGAUGUGAUGAAGCUGACGCCGGAUCUGAGAUGAAAUCAACACUAAUGAUUUUUAUCAUCUUCAUUGAAGCGACUGACAGAAGCUGUGUGUCCACUCUGAACCCUCUGGAGGAGAAUCUGAUUUCACAGUAGUGAUUACUGACGACUGAAUCUUCUCAGUGAUCUCUUCUGUCAGUGUCAUCAGUCCAGCCGUCUUCUGUUAGCUGCAGCUUGUCAGAUGUUUUAACUUGUGACCAAACUGACCACUACACUCUGAAGGUACCACUUCAGAUAUUUUUUUUAAUUUAAUUUUUUUUUUACCUGACCUUCCUCCUCCGCACAUGACCUUUGACCUUUGCCUUAAAUACCCUCGACCUUCCUACUUGUUCUGGAGCCUUAUCUUCAUCUCCUCUGUGUAUGAAGUGACAAAGAGAUUUAAAGAAGGAAUAAAGACUAAGAGUGCUGAAGGCUUCCCACUCUUCAGACUACGUCUACAGUAACUGUGAGACUCAGUGGAGGUGAAGGAAAGUGAAGUUUUUAUUAGUUGAUGAAGUGACGUCGUCCUGUUGUUGUGCCAUAAAUCUUCAUCAGCAGUUUCCUCUGAGGUGAACUGUGUAAUGUGAGUCUGUUUUGAGAUAGUUUAGUGGAGCUGAAGAGUUUCACCACGAGGACUGAAGACAACAGAUGAUUUCAACACUCACUGGUGUCCCAGAGUUCAGCUAACAGACAUCAGUGUUUAAUGUCCAACUCCAGCAGUUUAGUUUUCUGACGGUUCAACGUGAGGCCUCCUGCUGAUGGCUCAGUCUCAGACUCACGCUGUUGUUUGUAAUUCUGUUCAAGCUGCCUGUGGAGUUUUUCACCACCGGUUACUCUAAGGAUCAAUAUGUUUAUGUGCAUCUUUGUUGCACAACGACACAUAGCUGCUUAUUCACCGAUCCACUGUCUCCAACAGUCUGCCAGCUAAUGAACACAGACGUAGUUUAUCUGCUCAGAUUUUAUUGUGUUCUGAUGAGAAACACUGAACAGAACUGUUCUGUUUUCAAGAAAACUCCACAGGGCUGCUUUAGAACUGUGUUGAUGACCAAACCUGCUGAACUGAAGACAUUCACAUCAGUCCCAUCACUGCUCAUAUGCUAACAAGCUAAGCUAGCACAGUGGACAUGUACAUGUCACUGAUCCUGCGUUCAGUUUGAUGAGGACGACGAGGAUCAGAGCAGAUGAGGUGACGUGUUCAGCAGUAAACUGAGACGGUCUCAUCUCUGUUCAGUCCUCGUGGGGUCUCUGCCUCAGUCUGUCCUGUAGUGUAGUGAAGUGGACCGAGCCGAGCCACCGGCUGGAGUCUUUGGACUUGUUGCCAGUGUUAAAGUUUACAGUGUGUCUGCCUGCAUGCCUGAUAUAUAAAUGACAGUGUAUUCAGUGUUCAUAUUCUGUACUUAUAUUUUUAUGAUAUUUUCACCAACUUGCAUUUCUUUCCUUCUGUCUGUCAGCUGGAGCUGUUUCUGUUGUAAUAGCCCUUUAAAAGACUCCAGACUGACACUCAGACAGAUGGAUGAUAUCUGUGCCAUAUAUCCAGGUGUUGUACUGUGUGUGUGUGUGUGUGUGUGUGUGUGUGUGUGUGUGUGUGUGUGUGUGUGUGUGUGUGUGUGGACUCUUGUUGUGAUUUUGGACCUGAGAACAGUGUUUCCUUGUUUGCAGUGAUAUUUACACAAAAACCAGAGUGUGACAGAAGUUUUACUCACAUGUCAUGAAACAGUUUUUUCUCGUAAACAACCUUCAACAACUGAUGUUUAAUCAUGAAGAGCUGGUUUUGAUCUGAUGCUGAGAGCGGUCCACUUUACAUUUGACACUUUUAUUAAAGAGAAUUGUUAAUUAAUAAGAGUUAUUUCUGUAAGGUGACUCAUUAACGACGAGUGGAGAUCCCAUCCACUCGUCUGAGUCUGAAACAAGAAGAUCAUUCUGACUCCCAGCUACAGCACUCUGAUUGGCUCAGUCGUUGAUCUGAAUCUGUGAACUUUUGAUGAAGUGUGGAUCAUCAGUGUGACUCUGAGGUUUCAAGUCCGAGUCUGUAAAUGUUGGCACACUCUGGUCUUUGUCCUGCCAGCAGUGUCCCUUUAAACAGUGAGAUGAUCUGUGAACGGGACAAACGGCUUCUCUCAGGCUGAUUUUACCAGGAACCUUCUUCAUCUUUCUCCCUGCAGACACGUUUAAAGAUCAGAGUCUGUUUCUGAAACUUGGCGUUGUGCACAAACAUAUUGAAGUCCAAGAGAUCUCAUGUGAAACCUCCUGCUUCUCUUCAGCAGUACGGGGAGUUCAGGUUGUAACUAAUCAGAAAAUGUGAUUUUUUAGUUCUUUGAGUUUUUAAUUCCACCUUUAUUGUGACUGAAGCGUCAACAUGUGAAGCUCAGUCAGACUUCCUCUCAGCUGACCAGCUGCAGGUCAUUCCUGGCAGAACGUGACGUCUGGAGAGACUCUCUGCCUCCAAAGUGGAACAAAACUCAAAGCACAUCGCUCUUUUGUAAGAAAGAAACAAGUGAAAGUAAAUGUUUUAACAGUG